AUGACGACAACAGCGAAUAAUAAUAAAUCACUGAGACUCGACUUCGUAACCAACUCAAAAGUCCACCAUCUAAGGUCCGUCAACAGCAAGAACACACACAUCAACCUCUUCGCCUGCACCAACGUCCGCCUCACGCAACUCCGCAUCACGGCCCCGGCCGACAGCCCCAACACCGACGGCAUCCACAUCGGCUCCUCCGAAGCCAUACGAAUAUCCGACUCCAUAAUCCGAACCGGCGACGACUGCGUGUCUAUGGUCUCCGGCAGCCGGGACAUCGGCAUCUCCCGAGUCGCGUGUGGGCCCGGCCACGGGAUAAGCAUCGGGAGCCUCGGAAAGGGCCACGAUAAGGAGUACGUGGUCGGGGUUCGGGUCGCCAACUGCUCGUUCACGGGCACGGAUAAUGGGGUCCGAAUCAAGACGUGGGCCCCGUCCCAGUCGAGCCUGGCGUCCAACAUCACGUUCGAGGAUAUAUUCAUUAGGUACGCGCGGAACCCAAUCGUCAUCGACCAGCAGUAUUGCCCGCAUUCGAGCUGCAUGGAGGGCGUUAGUUCGGCUGUGCAAGUGGAGAAUGUGAUGUUCAAGAACAUUCGGGGAAUCUCAGAGACAAAAGUAGCCGUAAACUUACUGUGUAGUGGUAUGCGGCCGUGCAAGAAUAUUAAGCUCAUCAACAUAAACUUUUCGUACAUGAACCGCCAAGGACAAGCGACGGCCCAGUGUUUAAAUGUCUUUGGUGCUUCCUAUGGACAACAAAUCCCAGAUGGCUGUUUGUAG